AGGAAGCGUGUCCCCACCGGCGUCCUGUCGUGCUAGUGGCCGCCAUCUUGUGCGGGAGGCGGUGGUAGCGCCGCGCGGAGGAGCGGCCGUCGCGCCCGCACUCUCUUCCCUUCUUCCCUCUCCCCGCGGCGCCAUGUCUGGUGAGAGCCCCGAGCCCGCCUCGGCCGAGGAGCAGAAGGAAAUGGAGGAUAAGGUGAUCAGCCCAGAAAAAGCUGAAGAAGCAAAAUUGAAAGCAAGAUAUCCUCAUCUGGGCCAGAAGCCAGGAGGCUCAGAUUUCUUGAGGAAGAGGCUUCAAAAAGGACAAAAAUACUUUGAUUCUGGUGACUACAACAUGGCUAAAGCAAAGAUGAAGAAUAAGCAACUGCCUACUGCAGCUCCUGACAAGACAGAAGUUACUGGUGACCAUAUUCCUACUCCACAGGAUCUUCCACAGCGGAAACCAUCUCUCGUUGCUAGCAAGCUGGCUGGCUGACGAGCACAGCUGAACUGCAUGAUUACUCUCAUUCCUGUUAUUUCUCCUUGAUAGUUAUUUCUCACCCUCACAUCCCCCUUUUUCUUUCUUACACUAAGUCAUGAGACUGACAGCUUUGCAGGUAGCGGUAGCAUGUGCUGCUAUUGUAAGGGAGUACUGUUAAGAAUAAGAUGUGUAGUAUUUGGACUAGUUGAGAACAAUGCACUGAUUAAAAAGGACAAGUUUGGUUAAAGCAAUGUAAUCUACUUGAAAAUGUACAUAUUGCCCAUUUCCUAGUGUAGGACUGGUUCUAGCAAGUGACAUCGCAAGUUUUACAACUUUUAAUGUUUCUGCUUUUGUUAUUUCAUCUUAAUUACAGCAUAUUUGUAUUUAAUAUAACCUCCAGUUGUGUUGGGUUUUUCUUCUGUGUUUGGGUUUGUUGUCUAAAAUAGAGGUUUAGACCACAAGUUGCUAGAUGGUAAAGCAUGUAUGAAAACAAAGACAGGGCUCUGAUUGAAUUUUGUUUCUGCUUUUGAACUUGAACGGCCUUAAACCUGUUUCAGCUUUAACAAUAGAGUUUUUACUUGGGCAAUAUUUGCCCAUUCUGGUGUAACUCUUGUGAAUCUAGUGCUUAUUGACAACAGCCUGUUGAAGCUGGUAUUCUUUUCAGUUCCGUAGCUUAGGACACACUUUUGCUGAAGAUGUGAAUGAAGUGUGCAUGUGCAUAGACUGUUGAAUUCACUCUUGUGCCAUUUUUGUAAAUACAAUAGUUUUGCACAACCUUUUGCAAACGUCUUAGUUUUACAUUUUAAAAAGCAGAUAAUGUGCCAAUCAAAGCACAAGUGAUUCUGUAUCUUUCAAAGUCUUGUCCUGAAACUUUAAGAGCCCAGAAUCUUGCUACUGAAAGUAAAAAUUGUAUACCUGAAAUUUGUGAAACACUUUAUAUAUACACUUUGUUCAGCCUUAUGCUUUUGCUGUUGUAUAUUUUGUUUCGCAGCAACGCCCAGCAUUCAAAUAUAAAUCCAGAAUUUCUACCUGUAUUUGGAGGCAAGUGCCCUUUCUGUUCAGCAGCUCUUUAAGCUUUUAAAGCUGAAAUGCUCUGUCUGAUGAUAAUGGGAGAUGGCUAGGAUACUGUUCUGGAGAGUUUCCUGUAUGGCAAACUUCAAAUCUAGGUUUGCUGAGGUUUGCUAUGCAGUUGUCUGUGGGCUAUUUUAGACUUCUGGAAGAGUUGGGUUUUCUCUUUUUCUUGGACUCCUGAAGUGGUAGUAAACUAACACCUUUUCUCUUUGUUAUACAGCAGCCCCUUGUUGGCUUUCAAAGAAUUGGAAGGUUUUUUUUUUAUAAUGACACGUUGAGAAAUAGGUAACUUUUCAUGUCAGAAAAUAGGAACAACCUUCAGUUCAUCUUUGAUGCAGGUCGUAAGUACUAGAACGCCAAAAUACAUGGUUGAUGUUAGACAGACAUGUUUGUUCAGUGAAAUCAGAAUAUUAAAAGUGCAAUGUGGUCCAUAACGUAAUUAAUUUUAAUGUAGGUAAUCACAGCCUUGAUGUUAUUUGCUCUUUAAAAAUAUCAGUUUACUGGAUACCUUUUUUCCUUUAAAGAAACAGUUCUUAAAGAGCCUAUCAAAAUAAAUCACCAAUGGGGGUGUUAUAAGAGAAAGCAUUCUUAAAGGUGCGAGUUUUUAGAGGGAUGUGUUUCGUGUUGACAUAUUUGGAAAGGUCUUACAGGAUAAAGACUGCUAGUCAGAGAGAACGCUGGCCCAUGUCUUUUCCAAUGCUCUCUUCUAAAGGCAGAAAUAAGAAAAUGAUUAAGAGAAAAUGAAUAAUCUUAAUUUGGCCCUGUUUUGAUCAGAACAUGAGCAAAUUAUAUCAGUGUCCAAAUAGCAUCUUCAGUUUAGAGAAGUCAUUCCAGAGAACUUUGAAAUUGCUAACCUGAUUAUUUUCAAGUCUGUAAAGCUCUUUUCUAGUAAUUAAGAGGGCUGUAUCAAAUCUGUCCUUAUUCCUUACCCUCCAUUAGGAGUAUAAAGAAUUUGUGAUUUUUGCAGAAUAGGUUGAAGAAAUGGACCUGCUUGACUUCUUUAAGGAAGAAAUUAGGCUGGGAGAAUAGCAAGGAAACUGAAUAUUGAAGCAAGCUGCUUUUUAUAGACAUUUGUCCUAAUGUGAAGAUCCCGCUUUAUUUUUUUAUGUAAAAAUGACAUUGAAUCUUAAUGAUAGGACUGGGCCUGAAACAAAUUUUGAACAAUUUAAGGUGACUUGCUGUGUAUUAUCCGGUGCCGCUAUUCUGUAGCUCCCAUAAAGCGAGCUUUCUGGAUGUUUGGGAGGGUUAAAAAAAAUAGCCAUUUAGAUUUAAACAUUCCACUCAGCUACGAUUCAGCUUGUCCUGCUGGUUGGACAACACAAGCUCUUCCGAUAUUCACUUGGUGACUUGCAUUUCUUAAGAUUACUACAAAUUCAGCUCUGACUGUAUUAUCACGUGUAUAUUUGAAGUACUGUAAUACCAACUAGGUCAAUGACUGAUUAUGAGCCUUCACAUCUGACAGACCUCAGCAGCAGGCACAGCUAUUUUGAUUCUACAUACUGUAUAAGACUAAAGUCCAAUAAUCACUUAACAGUAAAUCAAACGUGACUGCAAACCGAUGCUUACUUUCAGCUUACUCCAGCAAGAUAACUCAGCUAUCCAAAAUUAUGUACAUAAUGUAUUAUAUGAGUUUUACCAUUUGAUAAUUACCUUUUUCAAAGAAAACCUGCCCACACUGUAGACUGGAAGUCCCUUUCAUAUCUUGCCUUUAAAAAGAUAGACAGUGUUUAGUUCUUAGAGUAGUACUCAUGUAGGCUUAUGAUAGCAGAUAGCACCAACAUUUUAUUCGAGAUAGUUUAAGUGGAUUAAUUACAACUUAACAGAUAUGUCCCCAAAUCUGUAGAACCAAAGGCUUCCCUCUCAUUGUUCUUGAUGUAGUAGGACAGUGUUUGUGUAAAGGCCACGGGAGUACAUUUUGUUGGACAUAUUUGCACCCAGUCAAGAUGUUAAGGUGAUAAAAAUGUCAAUUGUUCUUUACAAAUUUACACAUUGUAUAGUAUACAGAAUAAAUUGAUCUACUUAGUUUUUAUUGCAAUGUGGAGACUUGUCUCGUCUUUACUGUGGUUUCCCCAAAGAUACUACCUACUUCUCUAUGGAAAAUUUCUGAACCCUAAUCUCGCUGCUCUGUAUCAUUAAAAAGAUGACUGGGCUUUGGUUUCUAGUAUGUUAGACUACAGAAUUACUUUAAUGUAAUCACAUUUAUAUAUAUUUCAGUGCUUAUUUUUCUAAUAAGGCAAUUAAAGCUUAUUGUUUGAAAACUC